CGUCGCAUAGUGGGGACGUCACGAUGUUUCAACACCUAAUUUAGCUUGCCGCACUUUCGACAGACAGUGUUUUUAUUCUUAAAUAAUUUCCCCAUUUCGACUACCGUAUCAUGCCGCACAUUAUACAGGAUAUGCUGCGAUCCAUCGUAGUUUAACCACGAUUAAUUUCCUAGCGGGGAAAUAUGUAUACAUUUUUAACUAAAAUAUGAGCUGCGGCACGCAAGGUUGCGUCAAAUGAGCGUCCUAAGAGCAGCAUGUCAACUGUAUUUACUCGAUUUGCUGGUAGCCACGUGUGUGACAAAAGCUGCAUUUUUGGCUUAUAAUCACAACACAUAGGGCGUGUGUCUUCAUAUAGUGUGUAUUGUUUAAAUCGCAUGCUUUCGUUAAAUUCGCCUGACUUUACGCUACUAAGCUAGCACAGAAGCUAAUGGUUAGCGCGUCCUCUGUCAGUAUCCACAACAACAAGAAGUAGCAUCAGUUACGGCAGUUCAAUAACAGGCUACAAAGAAGAUGUCUGCUAGUAAAAGGUUGUUUUCGUCUGUAAUGCCGAGAUGUUUGUGGACAUACUUGCGCAGGAGUGUCACAACAUGGUCACCGGUUGGUGCAGCUUUCAACGCCAGACCCCACAAGAGACUGGACCUCUUCGUGAAAAACGUGGGUUUGUUUGGAGUGCCAGAGCUGACUUCACCAUCAGGCUUCCAAGUUGCCACAAAGAAAGCUCUAAAAAAAACACAGCUCUUGGUUGACAAGGCGUGUUCCAGCACACCGGGGGUUGACACUGUCACAGCUUUCGACCAGCUCUCAGACGCUCUUUGUAAGGUGGCAGACCUGGCGGAUUUUGUCAAAGUGGCACAUCCGGAUCCGGCAUACCGCGAGGCGGCAGAGAAAACCUGCAUGGAGAUUGGCACAGUCGUGGAGAAAUUGAACACGAACGUGGAGCUGUGCAAGAGCUUGAAGGAUUUGCUGGAGAGCCCAGACCUUGUGGCUCAGCUGGAUCCAGACACAAGGAGGGUGGCAGAGUUGUUCAUGUUUGACUUUGAAAUCAGUGGUAUUCACCUGGAUGACAAGCUGAGGAAGGAGGCGGUUGCGCUCCAUGUGAAGCUCUUGGAUUUAAACCACGAGUUCCUGGUGGGCUCUCACAUGCCCAACAGAAUUGCCAGGUCUGCCAUCCCCGAGCAUCUUCACGUGCACUUUGCCAGCGAGGGGAGCUUUGUGCAAGUGGGAGGACUCCACGCAGACGCACCUGAUGAUUUGGUUCGAGAAAUCGCUUACAGGAUUUACCUCUACCCAAACGCAGACCUGAUGGAGUGUCUGGAGGAGCUGCUGAGGUGCAGAUACAAGCUGGCCAGACUGGUAGGAUACGAGACGUACGGCCACAGAGCCCUGAAGGGAACCAUGGCAACAACACCAGAGACGGUGAUGAGCUUUCUCCAGCUGUUGACAAACAAGCUGUCCGACAGAACAGCCAAGGACUUUCAGAUGAUGCGAGACAUGAAGAAAAAACUCAAUCCUCGGAGUUCUGAGCUCAUGGCGUGGGAUCACCCGUACCUCAGCGGAGUCUUGCGUGCAGAGAGGUACAACAUCGAGCCCGGUCUGUACAGCCCCUACUUGUCCCUGGGGUCCUGCAUGGAGGGCUUGAACAUCCUCUUCUCUCGCCUCUAUGGCCUUUCCCUCAUGUCUGAACCCCCCGGCGCCGGAGAGGUGUGGAGCGAUGAUGUCCGUAAACUGGCUGUCGUCGAUGAGAGGGAGGGGUUACUCGGAUACAUCUACUGUGACUUCUUCCACCGGCAAGACAAACCCAAUCAGGACUGUCACUUCACCAUCCGCGGAGGUCGCCAGUGCCAGGAAACGGGCCAGUAUCAACUGCCCAUCGUGGUGCUGAUGCUGAGCCUCCCCCAUCCUACACAAAGUGCCCCCACCCUGCUCUCUCCUGGCAUGAUGGAGAACCUCUUCCAUGAGAUGGGCCACGCCAUGCAUUCAAUGCUGGGACGCACCCGCUACCAGCACGUGACAGGAACCAGAUGUGCCACCGACUUUGCCGAAGUGCCCUCCAUCCUCAUGGAGUACUUCGCCACCGACUAUCGGGUGGUCAGCCAGUUUGCACGGCAUUAUGACAGCGGACAGCCUCUGCCUGAGAGUAUGGUGGCUCGUCUGUGUGAGUCUAAGAAGAUGUGCGGCGCUGCAGACACACAAUUGCAGGUCUUCUAUGCUGCCCUGGACCAGAUUUACCACAGCAAACCCCAAAAUUGCUCAACCACUGAAAUCCUACAGGAGAUGCAGCAGAAGUUCUACGGCCUGCCUUACACACCAAAUACAGCCUGGCAGCUGAGAUUCAGCCAUCUGAUUGGUUACGGGGCCAAAUACUAUUCAUACCUCAUGUCCCGAGCUGUGGCCUCCAUGGUGUGGAAGCAGUGCUUUCUUCAGGACCCUUUGAACAGGGAAAUGGGUGAGCGUUAUCGUCGAGAGAUGCUGUCCCAUGGAGGAGCCAAGGAGCCAAUGCUGAUGGUGGAAGGUAUGCUGCAACGCCGGCCCACCAUGGAGGACUUUGUGGACGCUCUGGUGUCGGAGCUCCAGCCAAAUUUUGAGACCUUCAUCAUGGACUCUGAGAGCUAAAAACUGUGGUUGCAAUGAGUACAAGUGGGGGCUACCAAUUACAAAGAAGUGUAUCAUAAAUGACCUGAUUUGGAAAGCUCAUGGUGGCGCCAGGUCGGGCUAACUAGUCAGUCUUAGCACAUUCACAGUCCUUAGCAGCUCCCGCUACUUCUGUGACAUCUGACCCCGGCUAUGCCUGCCACGGUCGUGGACCGGCUGUGGGCGGUUACUUGCAGUGUGACAUGUGAUAUUUCUAUGAAACAGACGAGUCAUGACAAGUCCUGGCUGCUUUUUCAUCCCUUUUUCCAACCUUACUUUUCUAAACGUCAGCAGGUGUCAUUGUUCUCUUGUCCAACAGCACAAUCAUAAAGGAAGAAAAGACAUAAAAAGAGUGAGUAGUUGUCCUUGUUCCAAGUGGUUUAUUAACAGGAGUGUAAAUUGGGUGCGUUUGUGACCAUCAACGCUACGCGAGUGGCAGAAAAGCGUUACUUGACUAUUUUACAUCAUCUACAAGCCACUUAACGUCCCUCCUUGUCUUUGGACGUUCAGAUGGUCUUCAGUGGGCGUCGCUCACCUCUUGACGCACACGCGGCACAAAGCAGAGCAGAUGUGGUCAAGUCAGUACAGUCCUCCAUGUUUGAACUUCAUGCACGUUCACCCCGCCGGCCCAGAGAGUUCACAUUCUGCACGUCAACCAUGUUUUUCUCUGCGUGCGUGUGCGUACUUUGUUUGGACCCUUUUUGACGGGAGGGGCUCCGAGGGUGAGCUGCGGGCAUUUCAAAGCCACCGCGCUGGAGGGAGUGUGAAAGGGGAUCUGGUCGCUGCUGCUGCUGAAGAGGCCAGGCUACUUUCAGUCAGCCAGACAAAUGUGAAAUGUGUCAUCCUAGACCAAGAGCAGGAAGACGAAGGCCGACAGGCGCUGAUUAACAACACAGCUACACGUACACACGUACACGUACAUACAUCAGACAUCUCUUGUUCGUCUUCAAGCACCCUUGCAGCCAAGCAGCGUCGUGCUCAAGUGUUCUAGCGAUGCUGUAAGCAGCAAACACGCUACAUGUAACAUGUUAGCAUAUUCCGCUUGCAGGUGAAACUAAAAUGCAGUGUAACCGUUACAGAGCAACUUGACUUGGCCUGUAGACGCUGGAAAGCAUAGACGUGCUGUAUACAGACGCUGAUCAUCAUCAUCAACGCCAUAUGGGAAGUGAAUACAAGUCAUGCUUUCAUAAAGCGCCUUUCUACAAAGACGUUGAACUUGAACAUUAAGUUGUAUGACACCCCCAUCAAGCAUGCCCAAAGCCAUUUUGGAAGUGAUGAACAAAAAUGGCGGAGCUCCUCAUUACUGAGUCCUAUGACAACAUGUUUGGUUCUGGUUUGGAGAGUUUUUGGUUCUUUUUUAAGUGAUG